GGCUAUGAAUUCGCCUGGUGAAUUAUUAAGCUAUGACUUCCCUUGCCUGAGAGACAAGCCUCUUCCUUACAGGCGUAUUCAGCAGUUUAUACUCUGAGAUGUAAUGCGUGGAGCCCAACUAAAAGUUGUUGAAGAUUUCCUCCUUUAGAUCCUGAAUCUCUUCUGAUACCGUAAACGGAGUUUUUUGCUCUGGUGCUCUUCAUUGGCUUGCGGAGGAGUCUCAACAUGAUUACUACCCCAGAUUCAUCCUGGCUUUUGAUCUCACCACUGAAGAGUUUCACGAGAUGCCAUUGCCUCCACAAGAAGGUAAAGGAAGGGGUAUGAGAGUCGAUAACAAUUGCCAGCUGGGGGUACUUGAAGGGUGCCUCUUCAUGUCAAGCAGUCCAAAACCGAUUUAUGAUAUAUGGAUCAUGAAAGAUUAUAACAUCCAUGGUUGUUGGACUAAACUGUUUCGGAUUAUGUCAAAUAUGGGGUGGACUGCUCUGACUCUGCUGUUCCAUUCAAGGAGUGACCAUAAAGUUCUGUUGUUAUCAGAGAGUAGACCUGUUUCUGCUGGUAUAAUCUAGAGAGGGGACAACUGGAACAUGUUCUUACUUCAAAAAUAUCUCCUCUAGGUGGAUACCUUGAUGUGUACACAGCAGCUAUUUGUUUAGGAACCCUUGUUUCCAUAAGUGCCUAUAAAGUUUUAUGGAAGGAAGAUUCAAACUCAAGCAGGAAAGGAAGAGGAAGAAAAAGGAGGAGAUCAAUGGUUGGCAAGUUUGAUGAGGCUUUAUUGUGUUUCUUAGUUUUCCUUAAGAGGUUUAAUUCUGUUCAGUCUAAAUGUUACUAUUCUUUAUAAUAAUAGAUACUUGACUUA